UCUUACUCUUCUUCUGAACGCCUGAGCUCGAGACUGAUAAAUCUUUCAAAUGCCCGGACUCGUUCCUUCUGGCGAGGAUGGUCCAACACGAAGGCGUCGAAUGGUUCGAGAAUGGCAUCCAUGGCCUGCAGCCGCGCUGGAAGAAAGAUCCAGACUCCAAAACCAUCGAAUCUCUUGCACGCAAGCAUCUGGGCGGAAACCCUCAAAUUCAAUUCCUUGCCCAGGGAGGAUUCAACAAGUUGUACCGAGCAAACUCGGACAAGGGGCCAUUCGUAAUGCGAGUAGCUUUGCCAGUCGAUCCACACUACAAAACCUUGAGCGAAGUCGCCACGAUGAAAUUUGUGCGGGAGGAGGCACAAAUACCCGUUCCAAACAUAUUUGCAUUCGAUGCGUCAAGCGACAACGACCUUGACUAUGAAUGGAUCCUCAUCGAGUUAGUGCCAGGUCAGCCGUUACGCAAGACGUGGAGGAAGCUGCCCUGGGAUACCAAGGAAAAAAUCGUCAAACAACUGGCGCGUUACCAUGCUUCACUCUUCCGCCGUAGAUUUGAUGGCAUUGGCAACAUUUACAGCUCGUUCAUGAGAGUCGUCGCACCCAUCGGGGGUCUCCGGACCCAAUCCGAGUCACGCGAACAGAAUCGCUCUCCCAGCGUCUCCACAUCGCGAUUCCCACUCAGCCGUGCAUUCUAUUCGCUCUAUUCUUCCGGCGUGGACAUCGUGAAAAGGCUGAGAAGGCGCCUGGCGGUUUUUGGUGGACAUCUCUUGAGAGUUCUUCGAGGAAUUGGAGCCAGGCUAAACUUGUCUACACAUUCACCAGCGCUCCCAGCAACGGCAGACAUGACGAACGAGUCAAACAGCGUCCAGGAGUCCCAGAACGAUCCACCCAAGUUUACUCUAGGUCGUAUAGUUUCGCUUGGCUUCUUUUGGGGGGAUCGACUAUCGCAAGACGUUUCACGAGGGCCUUUUCAGAAUAGCUACGAAUGGUUAAGUUCAAGACUGUCCUUGAUGCUUGCCGACCAGCAGCAAAUCCUUGAUACUUCAAAAGAUGAGGAUGACAUUGAAGACGCGGAGACCUCUUCGCAAGCCAUCAAGAAGAUUCUCAAGCUUCUGCCCACAGCAUUUCCUCCAGACGAACAUGAAUCCAGUUUCCUUUUCCACGAUGAUCUCUCGAUGCAAAACAUGAUGGUCGACGAAGCUGGGAAAAUUACCGCAGUCAUUGACUGGGAGUGCGUAUCCGCGCUGCCUCUAUGGCGAGCUUGUCAGCUCCCCUACCUGUUGGAAGGAAAGCGACGAGAUGAGGAGCCGAACCGCGAUGAAUACGGUCCAGACUCUGACGAAGAGUUUCCAGACGGGGCUGAAGAAGACGGCCCGGAUAAGGAGGGCAAAACGAUCAUAUAUUGGGAACACUUGCUCGACUAUGAGCUCACGAAACUGCGAAAGGUCUACCUAGAAGAGAUGGCGAAGCUAGAGCCACAAUAGAUCGAAGAACACGAGAAAUCUGCUGCGAGGUAUGAGUUCGAGUUGGCAAUCCAACGUGUUGAUGGCCUAUGGGGCGGCUGGAUCAAUCGUUGGUUGGAUGAUUACGGCACGGAUAAGGCCUGGAGUUUGAGGGAAUGGAUCUGGGGCGCUCACCUUUAAGUCCGAAAUGUCGAGGCGAUUGUGAGUUUUUCUGCUUGAUACCCAAACCUGUAUUAGUCCAGUAGUCUGUCUGCGUACACUUUCAGUACUGCAUAAGGUGCUCCUAUAGGGUUACGAGCAAUUCAAGAUGAGGUCGAUUUCUCAAAAGUACAUACUGAGUAGUAAGAGUGAUGCUGCCUAUACAUCUGGUUAUACCAUUCGUGAGCGCUCCAGUAGGCUUUUGGUAGAAAAUAUGUCAGUUUCUUAAAGCUACAAUGGGA